ACUGAGUUGCAGAAAAGAGAGAACAGAGAAUUUGUCUGCUGCUGCUGUACAGCUCACGGUCGACUCAGGCAGGCGGGCGGCGUGUUGGAGUGAGAUUUAGUUUUGCCGUCCAUUCAGAGGAUCUAGCUGGCUGGAUCACACAGACCAACAUGUGGGCUGUGUGUCCACAGAAGAAGCAGGUACGCCCUGCUCUGGGGUCUGACUGCUAAGCAUGCUCGGCAAGGCUCAGCCAACUACCAGCAACCUCAAUCUGGUGAACUCUGAAGUUUCUGAAACCACACCAGCUUCGGACACACAUGACGGUAUCAACAUGGCCGACCUUGUGGAAAGUCUGGAUGCCAGAGAGUUGGACCUCGAGGAGGGAGAGGAGCUUGACUAUGAUGGGAACUACCUGGGGGACUGCCGUAUACCAUUUUCAGCAGUAUAUGAAACAGUGGGCUUUAGGGAGGCUAAUGCACGGGUCUACCUACCCACAUUGCCCAUUACUGCAAAGAUCCUAGAGGUGGAACGGUUCACCACAGCACAGGACCGCUUCAACCUGUCGCACCACAGGAGUGUCAACAAGUCUCUGCCAGCCGUAUUUAAGAUCGAGAUGAAACACGGAGAGUUUACCUGGCUCGUCAAGAGGAAGGAGAAACAUUUCCUAGAGCUGCACAGAGAGCUGAGGACAUACAAAACGCUGAUCAGAAUACCGCUGCCGUCACGCAGCCACACUGUAAGGAGGAAGACGGUGAGGAAGAGCGAGGUGCAGGAGAUGCCCUCCUUGCCGCGGGGAGCAGGAGACGAGCUGGUCCGGGAUGAGCAGGUCUCCAGCAGGAGAAGACAGUUAGAGGACUACAUAAACACACUUCUGAAGAUGGCCAUGUAUCGGAAAUAUCAUCAUACUAUGGAGUUCAUUGAUGUAAGCCAGCUGUCUUUCAUCCAUGACCUGGGGCCCAAAGGACUGGAAGGGAUGAUCUACAAGCGUUCUGGUGGACAUCGCAUCCCAGGAAUGAACUGCUGUGGUCAGGGUCAAGCCUGCUAUCGCUGGUCGAAACGCUGGCUGGUGGUCAAGGACUCGUUCUUGCUGUACAUGAAGCCAGACUCGGGGGCAAUCUCCUUCGUCAUGCUGGUGGACAAAGAGUUCAGCAUCAAGAUGGACUCCAAAGACACCGAGACCAGACACGGCGUCCGCAUAGAUAGCCUUUCCAGGACGCUCGUGUUUAAGUGCAGCAGCUACAGACAUGCACGCUGGUGGGGUCAGAGCAUUGAGUUCUUCGUGAGAAGUCACGGGAAGGCUUUCCUCCGAGAGCACCGCUUUGGAUCGUUCGCACAGGAACAGGAAAACGUCCCUGCCAAAUGGUAUGUGAAUGGAAAGACGUACAUGGAGGAUGUGGCCGACGCUUUGGAAGAGGCUAAAGAAGAAAUCUUUAUCACAGACUGGUGGCUGAGUCCAGAGAUCUUCCUGAAGAGACCUGUUGUGGAGGGCAACAGGUGGAGGCUGGACUGUACCCUCAAACGCAAAGCACAACAGGGAGUACGGAUCUUUGUGAUGCUGUAUAAGGAGGUGGAGCUUGCGCUGGGCAUCAACUCGGGCUACAGCAAACGGACGCUCAUGCACCUGCACCCAAACAUCAAGGUUAUGCGGCAUCCUGACCACGUCUCUUCCUCCGUGUACCUGUGGGCCCAUCAUGAGAAGAUUGUGGUUAUCGACCAAUCGGUGGCCUUUGUGGGCGGCAUCGACCUGGCGUAUGGUCGAUGGGAUGACAAAGAGCAUCGACUGACAGAUGUGGGCAGUGUGACACGCUCUGUGGCUCUUGAGCAGGCCGGCUCCAACAGCUCUCCCUACGAUAAGGGAGCGUCUUCUGUUGAUGGCGUCUCGCAGAGGAACGGGCGAGGGUCGCUGCCCGCUGAGUCGGUGGAGUUGCCCAAGCUGAAGGGUGUCGGCCGCAGCAGGAUGGUUCGCUUCAGCCUGUACAGACACCUGCAAAAACACACUCUGCAGCACGUGGACAGUGUCAGCAGCGUGGAUAGCGCAGAUAGCGGUUCUGUCAAAAGCCUGAAAACCGAUGUCGGAGAGUUGCAGGGAAACACCCGUUUUUGGCACGGGAAAGACUACUGCAACUUUGUUUACAAGGACUGGAUCCAGCUGGAGAAACCUUUUGAUGACUUUAUCGACAGGUACACCACUCCCAGAAUGCCUUGGCAUGACAUCGCCUCAGUGGUUCAUGGGAGAGGCGCCCGGGAUGUGGCGAGGCACUUUAUCCAGCGGUGGAACUUUACCAAAAUCAUGAAGCCAAAGUACCGCUCUCUGUCUUACCCUUUCCUGCUGCCAAAGUCUCACUCCACCGCUGAUGAGCUCAAAUACCAAGUUCCUGGAUCUGUUAAUGCUAAAGUUCAGGUGUUGCGAUCAGCAGCAGACUGGUCAGCGGGCAUAAAAUAUCAUGAGGAGUCCAUCCAUAAUGCCUACGUCCAGGUCAUCGCCAAGAGCAAGCACUACAUCUACAUUGAGAAUCAGUUUUUCAUCAGCUGUGCGGACAACCGAACGGUCUACAACAAGAUCGGAGAUGCUAUCAUCGAGAGGAUCAUCAGGGCACACAAGGAGGGUAAGAAGUACCGGGUGUACGUGGUCACGCCUCUGCUUCCUGGCUUUGAGGGCGACAUCACUACAGGGGGAGGGAAUGCCAUCCAGGCUGUGAUGCACUUCAACUACAGAACAAUGAUCAGAGGAGAACAUUCCAUCAUCUCGCAGUUGAAAAAGGAGAUGGACGACCAGUGGAUGAACUACAUCUCCUUCGCUGGUUUGCGGACUCACACCGAGCUGGAGGGGCGCCUCGUCACGGAGCUCAUCUACGUCCACAGCAAGAUGCUCAUCGCCGAUGACAACACGGUCAUCAUCGGUUCUGCAAACAUCAAUGACCGAAGCAUGCUGGGGAAGCGUGACAGCGAAGUGGCAGUGAUUUUUGAGGACUCUGAAAAAGUGGCCUCAGUGAUGGAUGGGCAGGACUAUGAAGCUGGGCCCUUCGCACUUGAGCUACGCCUUGAAUGUUUCAGGACAAUCCUGGGAGGCCACACGGACACGAGCAUCGACCUGUCCGACCCCAUCAGCGAUCGCUUCUACAAGGACGUGUGGAUGACCACGUCUGGCCGGAAUGCAACCAUUUACGAGAAGGUCUUCCGUUGUCUUCCCUCGUCCCUGGUGAGAAACAUGUCCGAGUUGGAGCAGUUCCAGUCCAAGCCAGGGUUGGCCCAGACCGACAAGGCCCGCGCUCAGGAGGAACUACGCAAGAUCCGAGGCUUUCUGGUCCAGUUUCCCCUGGACUUCUUGUCCGAGCAAAACCUGAUGCCUUCCGUUGGGACAAAGGAGGCCAUGGUCCCAACCGAGAUCUGGACAUAAGGAACAAUGACCGAUACUGGACCCGCACGAUAGGACUUGUGAUCAUACAUCAUCCAGAUAUGAGAGUCAGAUUUCCCGUCUUCUUUUGGUGCCAUUUGACAACCAGACAAAGACAAAUGCCUCCUAUCUGUAGAAAGCUAACACUACACUUUAUAAAAAGGACUGCAAGCCAAGUGAACCUUGUGGAUGCACAGUAUGAAGAACAAAGGGACUAUAUUCGUAGCGCGAUUGGUUUUGGGAAACAUCUCUGACUUCAUGAGGCCACGAAAACAUGAUGAUGCCAGCAAAUACUCAGCUCCCUGUUGAUGAUACCACAAAGGCACCGAGGAUGGUGACACAUGUGAGCCACUGAGUUUGUGAGGUGUUAGUGCUAUAUGUGCCAUGUUGGAUCUCAAAGCUUAGCAGCAAAGUCUGCAUCUGUACAACUUUUAACUUGAUUUUCUAAAGUUUUAGGACAUGGAGUCUCCUCUUAAACCACUUUUUUUUCCGAAGAGAAAUCCAACAUACGCUUGCCAUUGUGUCUCAACGAAGGAUGAUUAGCUUACUAACAAAUCAGGUUAAAUGUGCGCAUCUGCCAUUGCUGCAUCUACGGUUUACAAAGCUGAUCCAAAAUAAGAGACUUUUCAGGGGCGUUUGUUCCUCGUAGAUGACGUGUUGGAGACAGGUCUGUAUCUAGAGUUACUUUUCGCGCAUCUGUAUCUUUUUCAUUUUAAUUUAUAAGUUUAGAAUAAUGGGAUCAAAGUAAGAUUGAAAUGGGUCAGACAAUCAGGCUGUCAAAUUUAAAGGAAUCAUUUUCCUUUUGCUCAGCAGGUGGUGCUAGCCUCUUAAAAUACAGCGUUCAUGCCAGCAACUGAGAUGCUUUCUCUUUUCUUUUUUUUGCUGUUUUCCCAGUCUGGGUGCAGUACAAUUUGAAACUGUUUAAAAUAUUUACUGUCGACUGUUCGAAAUGACCUUUGAAGUGACAAUAUCAUGGAAACGUCAGAUUUCCUCAUUCCAAGAAGCAUGCAGGUGACGGGACAGAAACCGGCUUCUCCAGAAUGUGCAGUUUUAUGACUCAUUCGUGGACGGGCGCACAUGCAGGCUGAUUUAUCCGCUUUUGAAAUAUUGGUCACACCAUCUUGUUUUUGAACGCGAUCUUCCCCCUAAAUGUGAAACUAGAGCGCGGCAUCUCGAAGCGAGUCGUGGCUUAUUCUAAAUAUAGGACCGCAGGAGUUGUUUGACUGAAGAUCUUUGAUGUGGGAGAGAAAUGAGAGACGGACAGAGCUAUCAGCUAUGAAAAAAGAAAAGAAAAUCCUAAACUGACCCAUUUUUUUUCUUGGGAUGCCGCACCUUAACGCUGUUUUUGUCACACCCAGCGUUUGAAUCAACCGGCUUGGUUUGAAAGCAGCAGGGUGCGGGACAUUUCACGGGAUCUUGUGAAUAAAUCCCUUCUUCUCAAACGGGACCAAGAGAUGUUCAUUUAGAAGAAUUUGCUCGGAAAUAUUAGGCUUGUAUGUUUCUACGCGGUUCACCCUUGCCGUGUUUGUCAGUGCAUUAUUUAUGAAUUAUGAAGCCUUUAACACUUUUGUUUUUAUUAAUAUUGUGGUUAUAUUGAUGGUUGUUUAUUUGUAAUUUAACUUUCACUGUCGUUCAGCUGUCUAACUCUUUGCUCUUUGUACAAUAUGAAGUUGUUUUUCACCCUUCAAUUUAAAACAGUAUAUGGCUAACAAGAAUGAUGAUGUAUUGGGCUUUUGCCCCACCCCCUCCCCCAAAGGAAAUUAUGCAUUUUAACGUCAUGAUCUUUGCACCCAACAGAGUCUAUUGUUGUGAUUAUGUUCACAAUAAAAAUGUCAUUUUUA